GAGCCGGUUAACUGUUUCUUACUGCUGCAUUCACACGAUGCCUCCAUCCUCCUCUUCCUGCUCUUCCUUCCUCCUCCUCCUCCUCCUCCUCCUCCUCCCUCACCUACGGCCCACCGGAGCGGCAGGUGACGCGGACUGUAGCGGUGUGUUCCGCGCCGGUCAGGAGAACUUCGUGCUGGACGCGGAGGACGCGGUGGAGAGCGGCGCGAAGCUGCUGUCCACCGCGCAUGUGAUCUCCGAGGAGGCCUGUAGGAGCGCGUGCUGCGACGACCCGCGCUGCAACCUGGCGCUGCUGGAGCCGCGCGGCACCGCAGCAGCGGCAGGAGCGGCAGCAGCGGCAGGAGCGGCAGGAGCGGCAGGAGCGGAAAACCGCACCUGCGUCCUGUUCAACUGCGUCCACAGAAACCGCUUCGUCUGCAGGUUCGUGAACCAGCCCGGAUACCUGAGCUACAUCAGAGAGUCCACGUUCAAGAAGCACCUCCAGGGACCAGGUGAGUCCGCACCUGGACCAGGAACACCUGGACCAGGUGAACAGGCUCCGCCCAUCGCCAUCGCAAGCCGUGACGUCGUCGUUCAGCCCGGCGAGGUGGUGACGCUCAGCGGCAUCCAGAGCCUAGUGCUGGGGGACGCCCACAUUGACAGGUACCGCUGGACUCAGCAGAGCGGAGACGCCGGCGUCUUGAAGGAGAAGACCGAUCUACCUGACCAGGUGCAACUCUCCAACCUGCAGCCGGGCUCGUACGUCUUCCAGCUGACCGUCACCGACUCCAACGACCAAUUUCACUCUGCCAAGGUCACCGUCCUCGUCCUCAGCCCGCAGCUGUCCAGCUUGUACUGUCUGGCCCCGAUGAAGGUUGGCCCGUGUCGCGCUGCGUUUCCUCGCUGGCGUUACGACGCUGCGAAGGGCGAAUGUGAGAAGUUUGUGUUCGGAGGCUGUAAAGGAAACAACAACAACUUCCUGUCCGAGGACGAUUGUUCGUCUGCCUGCAACGGAGUCACAGCGGCUACACAGAGGGGCGUCACUCUGCCUACCGCUGAGGAGUGUAAUUCAGCGUGUAGACCCACUCAGUUGAUCUGCGACAGCGGCUGCUGUCUGGACAGAGGUCUGGAGUGUGACGGCGUGACGCAGUGCAGCGACGGCUCAGACGAGAACCACUGCAGCAAACUGAACCAGACCUUGAACAACCUGCUGAACAUUGACGUGAACCAGAGGAAAGCACGGUGCGCGGAGCCCCCCAUGACCGGUCCGUGUCGGGCCAGUUUCACCCGCUGGUACUACGACCCUCUGAUCAGGAAGUGCUCCCGCUUCACCUACGGCGGCUGUGAAGGAAGCGAAAACAACUUUGAGGAAGAAGACAAGUGCAGCAAGACCUGCAGAGGAGUGACCGAGCGUAACGUGUUCUUCAAAGGGGUGUUUGACCGUUUCGGGGCAGAUGAUGAUGAAACUGACUCAGGAAACAUAGCGCUGGCCGUCUGUCUGUCGGUGGCCAUCUUGGCUCUGUUGGCCGUCCUGACCUACUGCUUCCUCAAGUCUAGGAAGAAGCGCGCCCAAAGGUCCUCCGCCACAACCGCCGCCCAUGUGGUGCUGUCGGAGCAGGACACGCUCGUUUACAACACUACCACCAAACCUGUGUGACGUCAUCACCCAGCUUGUAUGACAUCAUCAUCAUCACUGUCGCCAUGACGACCACCAAAUGGACUUUACAGUUACAGUAUUUGGGGAAACUGAUAAUUAAAGUGUAAUUUCUUUAUUAUUAACCGUGUUGAUCAUCAUCAGACUGGAGAGACAGACGGACCGGAUUUUAUGGAAUAAUCUCAUUUUAACAAGCAGCUGUCCAGGUUUUAUUUUUUUUUACAGUGCAUCGGGUUUCUGCUCUCAUAUAUUUCAUAUCAGUUUGUGUUUGAUAUAUUUAUGAAUUGUGUGUGUGUGUGUGUUUGGGGUCUCAGGUUUCAGAUUUAAAAUGUUUGAUUUCACCUCUUUGAAUGUAAAUAUGAAGUUGUUUUUAAUAAUCUCAGGUCGUUAAUAUCUGAUGCCGUUGUGUUUUUUAAUGUUUGUUAAUAAAGUCUGGUGGGAACAAGAAG